CCGUUUUCGCCACGGGGGUUCCGUUUUCAACAUAAUGGGUCCGCAAAUUUUUGCAGGUGCCGCGGGCAACCCAGAAGCACCUGGAGUUCUGCGGCGUGCCGACGCCGAGAUCCAGGCCGCGCGGCUGGGUGCUGACACCGAGGUCCAGACCGCGUGGUUGCGUGCCGACGCCGAGAUCCAGGCCGUGCGGCUGCGCGCUGACGCCGAGAUCCAGGCCGCGCGGCUGCGCGCCGACGCCGCGAACCAGGCCGCCAGGGAGGCGAAAGAACUGCUGGACUUCGUCGUUAACGGCAGACGACGACACCACUACACUGUCGUGAAGGAGGUCGACGCCACGAAGCGCAAGUAGUGCGUGCUGCUGACGGGGGAAGGCGCUGCCACGCUCUUCAACAGCCUCUGGAUGUAAGGCCCGGCGGCGUGCUCCUGCUGCUGCUGGCGUGCCUGCGUGCGUACGUGCCCUUGGCCGUGACGCCAGCAGCCGGCAGGCGCCGCCGCUAGCUGGCACGCCCCAGCUAGCCGUGUACCGGUGCUGGGGUGCUGCAGGCGCGCGAUUCAGUUUUGUGCGGCUGGCAGGGACGCACGGCGGGGAGGAGCGGGUAGGGGUGGCAAGGGCAAGGAGCUGGCACACGCAAACGAAUGCAUCCUUGCGAGGCAUCAUGUAGCAUCCUGGGGCGGGGUGGGGGCUGCAAGCUUGCCCCGCCGGCAAGGCACAUGGAUUGGUUAGGUGGAGGUGCAGCAGCCAGGGACAAGGGCUGAGCGGGUUGGAGGUGGGAGGUGGGUGAGGGGAGAGGGAGGGAUGGGGGUGGGAAGUGGGUUGGGAGAGGUGGGAGCGAGAGGGGAGAGGCAAGGGGAGGGGAGAGGAGGGAGGGAGGAAGGUGGAGGGGUGACUUGGUUAAAAACUGGUAGUCGCUGGGCACAGCAAGGCAUCUGGGCAUGCGUGCAUGGCUUUUACCGACACAGACUCAGGCAAAUGACUUCAUAGCUAGUGCUGCGCUGUUGUGCACAUGCUGAAUGAAGCCAGGGUUGGUGCGCUAUUGUUUCAUAGGUGGCUUGUUGCCUGGUCAUUUGGCAGAUACCGGACGGUAGAUGCGCUAGCUAGCCUACCUGCAACG